AGUAGUGAUUCCGAUUAUGGUUAUUCUCUGUUGCUAUUACCAUUUACCGCUGACCAAAUGGAAACAACUUUCAUUGUAUAUCCGCUAGCUUGAAAGUUGAAACCUGCAGGCCAGGCUGCAGCCAUGGAUCAUCUUCCCAAUACAGCCACCAUCAACAACAACACAUCCUACUCCCGCGGCUACCUAAGCACCGCCGGAACCGACAUCAGCAGCUUCGGCUCCGCCAUCGGAGUAUCCAUCGGAAUCCUCUUCUUCAUCACAACCAUCACCUUAGCAUCAUACUUCUGCACCAGAAACCAGACAUCAUCAUCCUCCUCCUCGUCAAACCAAAGACCGCAGCCCAGAGAUCCUCAAAACUCAAGCGCGACCGAGACGGGGCUGGACGAGGAAACGCUGCUAAGCUAUCCCAAGUUGGUGUUCUCCCAGGCGGCUAAAGUGAGCCGCAAGGAUUCCACGGCGGCGACUUGCUGCUCGAUUUGCUUGGCCGACUACAAAAGCUCCGACACGCUAAGGUUGUUGCCGGAGUGCGGUCAUCUUUUCCACCUUAAAUGCGUCGACCCUUGGUUGAGGCUGCACCCCACUUGUCCGGUGUGCCGGACGUCGCCGUUGCCGACGCCGCAGUCCACUCCGCUGGCCGAUGCGGUUCCCCUCGCUAGCUUGCGCGUUCGAUGAAAUGAACGCAUUAUUAUUUCUUGUUUAAUUUGGUUUAAUCAUCUAUCUCGUGUACACUGGACUAUUCUUAAAUGAAAUAAAUCAAUUAAUU